AUGAGCAAAUGACCAACGGAGCCACCACCAAUAUUGAAAUUUCAAAGGACAGUGUGGUUCGAUGACCAAUGAACAAAUUGACUAGAAACAUUAUAGUACCGGUGAGGCCGUCGAUCAAAUUAUAAAACUUUAGCUCCUUCGUUUUGGGAGACCAAGAAUUUUAAACGAGGUUGACUCAGCGGGAAGGAACACAGUGAAGGUGGGCUGCCAUGGAACUCACGACACCAACAAAGCUCGAAUUCUAUGAUCAAAUGUUGAAGCUUCAAUCCAAAGCCAUACUCGUUCAUUACUUCAAGGGCGAUGAUGGAAGGAAAGCUUUGAUUUUAGAUAACACAAUUUUCCAUCCACAAGGUGGUGGUCAACCUUCUGAUACUGGUUUCAUUUGUGUUACUGAUUCGAACCUUAGAUUUUGCGUGCAAGAUGUUCGAUCAAAAGACGGAGUGGUGUUCCAUUAUGGAGUUGCUGAGGAUUCUAGUAUGGAAAAUGAAUUAGAGCAAGGAAAAGGAAAAGAAGUGAUUUUGCAAGUGGACGAGUCACGGCGGAGGCUGAAUUCUAGGCUGCACUCAGCUGGGCAUUUGCUUGAUGUUUGCAUGAGAAAUGUUGGUUUUGGGCAUUUGGAGCCUGGGAAAGGCUAUCACUUUCCGGAUGGGCCCUUUGUGGAAUAUAAGGGUACUGUUCCACUGAACGAAUUGCAAAACAAGCAAAGGGAAAUAGAGAUAGAAGUUAAUGCCUUGAUAUCGAAGGGAGGGAAAGUUAACGCCACGGUACUACCAUAUCGAGAAGCUGCUGAGCUAUGUGGUGGUUCUCUUCCUGAUUACAUUCACCCGGGAAGCAAUCCUCGUAUCAUAAAGUUAGGGGACAACCCCGGUUGCCCUUGUGGUGGCACCCAUGUUUCCGAUGUUUCAGAGAUCUUAAGUAUGAAGGUCUCUCAAAUUCGCACUAAGAAGGGAAUGACAAAAGUGUUCUACACCAUCGGCACCUGACAUAAACGGCAUGAAAUGCUUUUGUUGGGUAAAAGUAUCAUGGAGGCUCUUAUACGAAGAGUCAGAUUGCAUUUUGCCAUCUUUAUUCAAUAAAUGGAUAAAUUAAUCUUUAUACAAUAUGCAAAUUGACUCCUAGUACAAAAGUUCUUAUGCUAUUGUUACUGCUUUUAUUGAUAAAAGUAUUAUUGCAUAUAUCAAAUGAUGUAUAUCCCUACCAUGAAGUUGGAAAAAUUAAUUCAAUCAUGUCACUUA